AGUUGCCGUUUGUGAUCCAAAUAGGACAUACAUACGUUGUUCGGUGUAAUUUAAUUAAUUUUAGUGAAAAUAUUUAAAUUAAUAUUUUGUGCAUUUUCUAUAAGUGUGUAUUUAUUUUUUUUUGAAAAAGUUAUACAAGACAGCUAUUAAACUAUUUUUUUUUUUAACCAGUUAAAAAUUGAUUUAAGCAUUAGUUUUAAAAAAUUAUAGUCAAGUAAAAAACAUAUACCUAUAACGGCUAUAACAUAUGUUUCAUACAUUUAUUGUUUAAAGAUAAAAUUAUCUAAAACACUUCAAGGAUAAAAUGAAGACCUCUAAUUUUUCAAUGAAGACUAUUUUAGUUUUUGCAGUAUACUUCAUACAAUAUUCUCUGGAAUUAGAUUAUUCAAAAAUACAGGGGUUUAAUACUAACAUGGAAGAAGCUACACAAUUCCUUCGUGAAUGGGAAAAUGAAGCAGUAGCCUCGUGCAAUAGAGUGGCAAUGGCACAGUGGACAUACGCAACAAAUAUAACGGAAUACAAUAAAAAACAAAUGAUAGAUGAACAAAAAUUGAACUCAAAGUUCAAUAGAGUAUCUUGGAGAAAAGCUUCUGAUUUCAUGUGGACUCGUAUAUCGGAUCCUAUUAUACAAAGACAACUCAAAAUUUUGGCAUUGAAAGGCCAAUCAAAUGUACCAGAUUCGAAACUAAAUCAGAUGCAUUCAAUUUUAAACGAAAUGAAAGAUAUUUAUGCUAAAGCGAAAAUAUGUCCAUUCAGUUAUAGAUUGACAUCGUAUUGUGAACUAAGUCUUGAACCAGAUUUAGUAAGAGUAAUGGCUAACUCAAGAGAUUUUGAAGAGCUAUUGUACACCUGGCGUUCAUGGAGAGAUAAUAUUGGACAUGCAAUUCGACCUAAAUACAUAAAAUAUAUGGAAUUGGUUAACGAAGCAGCAAGAUCAAUAGGGUUUGAAGAUGCGGGUCAACAACAAAUUGCAAUGUAUGAAGAUGCAAAUUUUAAAGCAAAACUUGAAAAUUUGUGGACAGCUAUAGAACCAAUUUAUAAACACCUUCACUCUUACGUUCGGCGAAAAUUAGUUUCUCACUAUGGUACACGCAGGGUUCGAAUCGAUGGACCAAUUCCAGCGCAUUUACUAGGUAACAUGUGGGCACAAAACUGGAAAAACAUAAUAGACUUAGUGAUUCCAUUUCCGAAGAAAAGACGUAUUGAUGUUUCCGGUGAAAUGUUACGCCAAGGAUACACGCCUUUAAAGAUGUUCCAAAUUUCUGAAGAAUUUUUCACAUCACUUGGAUUAAAAGCGAUGCCAGUGGAGUUUUGGCAUAAUUCAAUUUUGGAAAAGCCUACAAAUAGACCAGUGUCGUGCAAAGCAUCUGCAUGGGAUUUUUGCAAUAAAUAUGAUUACAGAAUAAAACAAUGCACUGAAGUUUCAAUGGAUGAUCUAUUAUCAACACAUCAUGAAAUGGCUCAUAUUCAAUAUUAUCUCCAUUAUUCUGAUCAGCCACUGCUGUUUAAAGAAGGAGCAAAUCCAGGUUUUCAUGAAGCUUUGAGUGAUGCAGUUAUUCUUUCUAUUUCCACACCACGGCAUUUACACAGGAUUGGACUAUUAAACAACAUAACUGACGAUUAUGAAGAUCAAAUAGACUUUUUAAUGGAAAUGGCUUUAGACAAAAUUGCUUAUCUACCUUUUGCCUAUUCAGUUGAUUUGUGGCGAUGGAGUGUUUUUUCCAAAGGCAUACACAAUUUAAAUGCUCGUUGGUGGGAUUUAAAAUUAUUGUAUCAAGGAAUCAUUCCACCCAUAGCCAGGGAUGAAAACGAUUUCGAUCCAGGUUCUAAAUACCAUGUAAUUGCUGAUACUCCUUACAUAAAAUUCUUCAUUAGUAUAAUUCUGCAGUUUCAAAUACAUGAAGCCUUAUGUACAGCAUCAGGACAUAUUGGUCCAUUACACACGUGUGACAUAUACCGUUCAAGAGAAGCUGGUCGAAUAUUGAGUGAAAUAAUGUCAAUGGGCUAUUCAAAACCAUGGCCGCAAGUUAUUAAAAUCCUUACUGGAGGAAAAACGAGUGAAAUUGACGCACGGCCUUUGAUUGAAUAUUUUAAACCACUCACACACUGGUUAAUUAAUGAAAAUAAGGCAGAACGAAUAGGAUGGUCUAGAUUAAACGAGGACAUAGCACUAUUCGAACCCUUAUCAAAGGCCAACAAUUGCAUUUCAGUUGACAAAUACUUAAUUAUAUUUAUAAUUUUUAAUAUAGUAAAAAAUGUGUACCAUUAACUUUAUAUUAUGUUAACUAUAAUAAUUUACAAAUUUUUAUUUUAAUUGUAUAAUGUAGUUUUAAACCAAUUUGUAUCGUAUUUUUAAUAUUGUACAUUGUAACUCAUUAGUAAAAUAUUAGUGUAAAAUACAUUAAUAUGACAUGUUGUUUUAAUAAUUAAUUCUAUAAUAUAAUAUAUCCAUUUACUUAAUUUAAAAUAAAGCGAAGAGGAUGUAGAUUUAAUUUAAAAAGUAUGUUUUGUAGUUAUUCGUGUUUGUAAUAUUAAUGACUACAAAGUACAAACACAACAAAAUAUUGUAGGACUAUCAAUUAUAUAAUAUUAUAAUCAUAACCUAUACAUAAAACGGAUAAAAAAAAUACUGCAGACAAACAAACCUAACCACACAAGGGGCCCGAUUGACAUGAAAUAUGGUACACAGACAUUUAAUACCAUCAGAAAUACAGGUAAACAAAGUCAAACAUUUGUACAACAAAAAGAGGGACCAAUAUGUUUUUAUUAUUGCAAGUUUUUAAAUAGCUUUAAAUAGUUUAAAAAAAAUAAAAUAAUAAUAUUUCUUGUGUAUAA